AUGGCACGUACAAAACAAACUGCUCGCAAAUCAACUGGUGGUAAAGCUCCACGAAAACAACUUGCUACUAAGGCCGCUCGAAAAAGUGCACCAGCUGCAGGUGGUGUAAAGAAACCUCAUCGUUAUAGACCCGGUACUGUCGCUUUACGUGAAAUUCGUCGAUACCAAAAAUCCACCGAACUACUCAUUCGCAAAUUACCCUUUCAAAGAUUGGUACGAGAAAUCGCACAAGAUUUUAAGACAGAUUUACGAUUCCAAAGUUCAGCUAUUGGAGCUUUGCAAGAAUCUGCGGAAGCCUAUCUUGUAGCUCUUUUUGAAGAUACUAACUUGGCGGCAAUUCACGCUAAACGAGUAACAAUUCAACCUAAAGAUAUUCAACUUGCAAGACGUCUUCGCGGUGAACGAGUUUAG